AUGGAGGCUACAAGCCAGCCCCAGUCAAGUGACAGCCUCAGCUCUGCCCAAACUAACGGCACCGCGCUUGAUGAGUUGGCAAGCGCUCAGCAUCAAAAUAAUGCAGCCUCAAUACGCCAGGAGAGAUCCACACAUCCACCUGGAAAUCGCAAGCAGAAGCCCUGUCGUUUUUUCGGGACAAGGAAGGGUAUGUAUGUUUUGAAAGGCCUUGUGUUUUUCAAUUACAUUGUUUUUGUCGAUACGGACCGUUGUCGUAGCGGCGAUACUUGCCCCUACCCUCACAUAGCCCCCGAUGAAGGAGUGCCUGAACCAUCGGCCCCAGCCCCGACUCAGGCCCAUACAAAACAACACAGUAGGACAAGAGAGCUACGGGCAGUCUCCAAACCCAUCCCCAAAACACAGCAAGACUCGCCCCGAGAUUUCCAGAUUGGGCAACUGAGACGCAGAUUCCAUCCCAAAGAGGAAGAAGAUGGCGCUGGCAACACAACUCUUACGUUCGGCAUGGUUCCUACGGAUCCAGACUUUCCAUUCGAUAUGCCUAAGCUAGAUUGUUCGCUGAAUAUCCCCCAUGAUUGGCCUGCAGAAACCGGCAGACCUACACUUAGGGUUACUAACCCUGACAUGCACAGGGGGUUUCAGAUUAACGUUGAAAGGGGAUUCGAUGGAUUGAUUGAUUCUGCCGUCAAGGACCGACGGCCUCUUACUCUACUUGGAUUGAUGAAUAGUCUUGACAGAAACCUGGAGCGAUUUUUGAGUGCUGAAAAGGCGCCAACUAUCAAGAUUGUCCCCACCCGUAAGGGAGUCAAGACGCCAGAACUGGCACCUACAAAGCAAGAGCAGGUACAGAGGCAAGUCCCUGAACAAAAGCCCAUCAGACAUGAGCGGGUUGUUCCUGUGCCUAAACCGGUAUAUACUGCCGAGCAGCGUGCAGAAGCGGAAAAGACGCGAAGAUCAGAGACAAGACAACUUGAAGCUCGAUUGAACCGCAUACCCCUUUACAAAAAGCUUGGUGAUGGUCAGUCGUACAUCAUCCCUAUCACACCUACGAAACUGGAGCGACUUCCAGUUCACUUACGGGGGGUGAAGUCCGUGAAACUAUGUGUCCCAUUGCUGUAUCCGCUUGAGAAGAGCUCGAUCGAACUUCAAGCUGUGGAUGCGAUUGAGGCACGUAUAGUAGAGCUUGGGUUCAAGGAGUGGGUACUGAAAGGGCCUCAUGCGACGUUGAUGGUUCAGGUGAAUUAUCUUGCACAUAACAUGCAUCUUCUCAUCAGCACCCCCACAACAGAACCUAAACGGAUAGAGCCCCAAGCACCCGCAGUAGCAGAAGAUUUGGACGCUGGUCGGGCGGUAGUAGAUGAAGAUCAAGAUAGUCUCUCAGACUCUGAUCGACCGCAUAUCAAAUUCAUUUCUCGACCCCCUGAAUGGUCAAUGCCGGCAGGUCCAGACGGCGAGGACAGCGAUUCCCCCUUCGAAGAUAGCAGUGAUUCCUACGAGCACGACUCUGCAGAAGAAUCACAAGACGGCGGUGCACCGAUUGGUGAUGCACCAAUCGGCGACACAGCCGGAUCGUCGUCGGCCGUCAAUGCGCCUGCACACGGUACAGCCGUCAAUCUCCCCGGUCUAGAGUUGUAUGGCAUCGAGCUCCUUGAAACGAAAAUGAUCUCCGUCACCGUCAAAUGCGACCGAUGCAAAGAGCACACUGAUAUCAAGAAUAUCAAGCCAACGGAUGACCCUAGUCAGCCGUCUCCUGUGAAGGUGGAAUCGUGCAGGAAGUGUGCAAACACAUUCAACAUUGCAUUUCGUCAACAACUCAUGCAUUCCAAUUCCCAGCGAGCUGGAUACUUGGAUCUUGAAGGAUGCACGGCAUUUGAUCUAUUACCAAGUUACUUCCAACCAACGUGCUCCGAAUGCUCAACCCCUUUCCCUGCGCCGGGCCUCCUCGCUGUCCGCGGCGAUGCAGCAAUGGCGAGUUGUCGUGAAUGCCACCGAAAAAUGAAUUUCAAAAUCUCCGAGGUCAAGUUCAUGGUCGUCGGGGUCUCUGCAUUGUCACGCCAACGCGUUCUUGCGCCGAGGAAACAGGUCCGCGAAAAUCUAGGUAUCGUCGCUGGCCAGGAACUCCCUCGCCGAGGACGAUGUAAGCAUUACGGCAAGAGUUAUCGAUGGUUCAGGUUCAGUUGCUGCGCAAAAGUCUUUCCGUGCGACAAAUGCCACGACGCGGAAACAGACCAUCCAAACGAACAUGGCAACAGAAUGAUAUGUGGCUUCUGUUCCCGCGAACAAAUCUACCGCCCCGAAACAUGCGGUAUAUGCAAAAACGUCCUGGUCGGUAAAGCUGGCAGCGGGUUUUGGGAAGGCGGGAAGGGGACGAGAGAUAAAGUCAAGAUGAGUAGGAAGGAUCCGAGGAAGUAUAAACGUAUUUCGUCGUGA